CAAUCCAAAGAGUGUAAAUGAAGUCAUCAUGGUAGCAGAAUCAAAGCGUCAAGGAAUUAGGUGAAUGUCUGACGCAUCUCUCAUCAAGGACAUUAAACGCGCAGCUCCUAUCCCUGUAAAUCGUAAUGGCUCCAGCGCGUGUUGCCCAUUUUGUUGAGGCCCAGAUACUGGAAGAUGUUCGUGUUAAUUAUGUCGAUAAAAGUGAGAUUCUUGCUAUGGCGAAUGAAAACUACUUCAUUAACAAGCAUAAUUUCAGGUGCCCAUUAUAUGCGGGUGUCAAAAUCUGGGGGAAGCGUUGAAGAGAGCCAAGGAAGGUGCAGCGAUGAUAAGGACUCAAGGGGAGGCAUUACGCCAUGGCAACAUUGUUGAGACGGUGAAGAAUGUGAGAAAUGUUAUGAAAGAGAUCAGAAUUUUGAACAAGGAUGAAGAUGAGGUAUUUGCAUUUGGUAAAAAUAUUACUGCAUCUUAUACAUGGGAAGGCUGCCUCUGGCGCAGUUUUGCUGUUGAGGGGAUUAUGACCCCUGUAGAUGCAGAACUAGUGAAGCAACUGGGUUGUGAUGGAAACUUUGUGGGACUUUGGCUACAGUGCAGGCUGUUAGGCAUUGCAUUUGAUCCUCAUGUGCUGGUCAAGGGUACUUGUGGAUUAAAGGAUACAAUAGCAGAAGUAAAUCUCAGUGAGGACAGGAUCGAACACCUUGGCAGGGACUAG